AUGGCUUGGGAUGGGAAGAAAGGCGACGAUAUGGAUUCGCUGUUUGAAGGGAUGGUACUGUUUAACCCUUCUGCCCAAAUUGAAAUUGAAGUUGAAGCAGAGGUCCGACAAGACAAUUACAAUGGUAGUGAUGCGCUCACAUCAUCGCAGCCCCUUGACGAGAAUCUCUUCUCUGACCUCACGCUGGUGGUGGAUCCCCUCCAAAACUCAGAAGUAGCAGAAGCCGAGCAUGAUCUCCAAUCUCACCAGCAGCUCAUAUCUGCUAUCGCCCCAACUUCUUCUUCUUCUUCUUCGCCUUCUUCUGGACAGGGUCAGGGUCAGGGUCAGGGUCCGGGUCAGGCCCCUCGAAGGAGAAAACGAUCUGGCUUGAGGAUAGGAUACGGUAGAGACGCCCUUCAUUCCGAUAUGCCUCACACUCUUUCUCCGCUCCCCCAACCUAUUUCUGAUAGUGACAGCCUAGGCGGUGAUGAUACUGUUUGGGUCCCAGACACCCUUCCCUCCAUCACUACUGCCACUGCCACUACCACUGCCACAGCCGCUGAUGCUACUAAUGUUGUUACUCUUUCCCAGCCAUCUACUGAAUCUUCCACCAAAUCAGAGAAUGAGAAUCGGGAACAUCAACAUGCUUCAACUUUUUCUGAGGAAAAACCAUCUACUGAAUCUUCCUCCAAAUUAAAGAAUGAGAAUCGGAAACACCACCACGUUUCGUCUUUUUCUACGGCAGGAACAUCACCUACUGAAUCAUCCUCCAAAUCAGAGAAUGAGAAGUUGAAUCAACAACAUGCUUCUGCUUUUACUGAGGCAGAGUUUCGGCAAAUUAAGGCGAACAUACAUGAGAAGCUUAACCAUGCAAGUCAACUGGUCAAAUCUGCUUCUUCUGCUCGAAAGGAUUCCAUCAGGAAUAGAAGAAAAACCGUUGAGAAUGCCAAUCUUGCUUCCCUCAAAUACAUGGAACUCGAAAAGCAAUUGGAAGAAGCCUGCGAAGCUGAAGAUUUCGAAAUGGCCGAAAAGGUUAGCGAAAACCUUUCCGUUGCCGAGAAGGAGAAACAAGCUUACAUCAAUUCAUUGAGAGAAGCCGAUGCUGUUGUCGACGCUUUAGAUUUAAAAUUGCAGCAUGCCCUCGAAUCUCAGUUAGUUGCCGAGGAACAAUGCGCAAUCUUGCUUGACCAUUAUGCAACGAAUGCUCUGAAUAAUGCAGAUUCCGCCCUAAAGAAAGCAACAUCAGUUUAUUCAAAAGAAAUGGACCAAUGGCUUUCAUCAUCUGAAGCCUUGGAGGUUAAAAAGAUGGAAUUGGAGAUUGAAUCACAAUUUAUGAAUGAAGCUCGUUUAGAAUUGAAUAAUACCAUUGAGAGUUCAAUCCAGGAUGACAAAAGAGAAAAAGAGAUCCUUUGUAAAAGAAAGGAUGUGUUAAUGGCUGAAUUGAAUCAACUUCUUGCUUUAGUUAAACAGAAAGAGAAGGAGAUAGCAGACAAUGACUCUAACUUAGAAGAUGUAGAAAAUAAGAUAAAUAAGGUUGUCUCUGAAUUUAAAGAGAUGCAGUCAGGCAUUGAUGUCAAGUAUAACAAAUUGCAGUCUGUCCUUGCACAAGUAAAAUUAGAAACUGAAACUUUGGCUCUAAAAAAGGGGGAUAUUGAUAACUUUCUCACUCAGGAAGAAGAAAUGGGAGCAAGACUUAGAGAAUUUGCUAGGAUUUCUACCGAGGAAGCUGAAGGAUACCGUGAAAUAGUUAAACUAAGAAGAAGUUUUAUGUCAUCUAUAUUGAAGUCCAGGGAGGACAAACUGACACUUGCAGAGAACGAGGAAAAGCUUUCUGCAGAUGUGAAAUCGUUUCAGAAGGAGGUUUCUGCCGCAAGAGCUUCCUUGCAGGAACUAUCCUCGAGAAAGUCAAGCCUCCAGCAAGAGAUAGCAUCCUUCAAGCAGAGGAUUAUUUUCAUAGAUAAAAGAGUCCCAGAACUAGAAGCAGAAAAGAAAGUUGCUACUUCUGCAAGAAAUUUCAAAGAGGCAGCACGAAUAGCAACUGAGGCAAAGUCACUAUGGGUUGAAAAAGAGAGCAUCUGGAUAGACAUGGAUACGGCUACAUUAAAUCUUGAUAAGCUUGAAAAUGAAAUCAAAGAUACCCUUAAUAAAUUACAGAAGACUGAGGGAGUGAUUUUAUUAAAGGAGAAAGAGUUGGCAAUGGUCAGAUACCAGAAGCUACUUUUGGCAUCUGCUACUGCUAGAGCUGAAGAAGCUGCCGCACUAGAGAUGGGUGACACUGAAGAAGCGAAUCUCCUGUCUGCUGAAGCUGAGGCAGCAGACCGUGAAGCUGAGAAACUUCAAUCAACAUACAAAUUUGAGGUGGAAGACUUGGCCGAUUUAGGAAGAUAUUUAAUUUCAAUGGAUCUUGUGUCGUAUCUUGAUCAGAAGCAACUGGGAGAACUAGCCGUGUCACUUCAUUUAUUUACUGGCUGA